GUGUUGUCACCAGCUGUUGGUGAGCAGAGACGCUGAAAGUGGAGGUCUCGGGGCUCGACAGCGCGUCCACCCGCGGAGCGGGGCGUUUCGAGGCGGGUCUGGCUGCAGAGGGCUGCUGGGACUGAUGGGAGCGUGGGAGCGUCGCCGGGGCCACAGUGACCGUGUUCGUUACAUAAGUGAGAGGACCGAUCCCCCAGAAACUGGUCCGGGGCUGCGGUCCUAACAGGUCGGUCGGUGGAUCCCCCUGUAUCUGCGCUUUCUGACAGCCACCCCAGUUCCUCGAGUGUCCGUCUGUCAGGCCGCUUCCGUCAUGAACGUGGGCACGGCGCACAGCGAGGUGAACCCCAACACGCGCGUGAUGAACAGCCGGGGCAUGUGGCUGUCGUACAUCCUGGGCAUCGGUCUCCUCCACAUCAUCCUGCUCAGCAUCCCCUUCGUCAGCGUCCCCGUCGUCUGGACCCUCACCAACCUCAUUCACAAUCUGUGCAUGUACCUACUUCUUCACACGGUCAAGGGGACGCCCUUCGAGACCCCAGACCAGGGCAAGGCUCGCCUCCUCACGCACUGGGAGCAGAUGGACUACGGCGUUCAGUUCACCGCUUCCCGCAAGUUCCUCACCAUCACACCGAUUGUCUUGUAUAUAUUAACCAGCUUCUACACCAAAUAUGACCGAGUCCAUUUUGUGGUCAACACGGUUUCCUUGCUCACUGUGCUCAUCCCCAAGCUGCCGCAGCUGCACGGCGUGAGGAUUUUUGGGAUUAAUAAGUACUGACAGGAUGGAGGAGGAGCCCCCCUGGACCGCUGAGAGCACACGGAGGAUGAGGCCUCUGCUGAGGGCCGACGGCCCUCCGGCCCGGCGCCUCCUUCUGCAGGUCUCUAGGAGGAGCCCACCGAGGACACUGCCACGGUACCAGGCCCGGUCGGAAGGGUGCGAGACGCUGCGGAGCCAGAACAGAGACUGAGACUUUGAAAGCGUGUUCAAAGAUAAGAGUCUCUGCUGUUGCAGCAGGAGUUCUCUGAUGCGAGGGCCGUCGGACGGCGAGGACCAUGCGGUUGCUCAAAUACCACGUGCCAUUUUACACCAUCGGCACAGUCGUUCCUGCGUGUAAUGACGCCCUGCUGUGUUUAUUCAGCUUCUCCUGCAUGUACUUUCCUCUCUGGAGUUUGCAGGAUUCGACGGGGGCAACGAUACUCCACUGAAACGAUAAGAGACUUCCAACUGCUGCAGAGGCCAGACACGAGGAACCACCACCAACCACAAGGUCUAUAUUUAGCUCCCUGCGCUACGCUCAAGGUCAAGAUUGGGAAGUGAACCAAGUCGUUAUUUUUAUCUGACCAUUUCCAUACUUGGACAUUUCUUGUCCUCGUUUGCAAAAUAGCCCGGCCCGCGUGCAGAAGUGUGAGCCCCCUCUGCUGCUCUAGAUUACCCAGCAGCCCUGCAACGUGGGUCGACCUAGUGAACGUGAUGUAACGUGCUCAGAGGGCACUUGAGGUUUGAAUGGGUUAAGAGAUGAGUAGUUUAGUCCUUUGUUUAUUUAUAGGAACACAUGCUUUUUAAAAAAGGGCUCAGGACCGCUGGCUUUAGCUGGUUCCUGAUCACACUCUGAACCAGUGUCCUAGGUACGCUAAGGUCCUCCCGUGCAUUAAGCGUCAUACAAACGUGUUUUUACCACAGAGAUGCACCGAGAGGUCGAGUCUGGGUCUUUUUUUAUUUAUUUUUUUUAAUGAUUUGGUUCAUAUCAGACCUGGUGACUGAGAUGUGGCUGGUGGGCUGGACGGUUCUGUCCCUUUUUUUUAAAUCUAAUUCUCAACAUCAAGUGUUUUUGGUUACUACAAAUUAUAUCCACUUAUAUCCAGCUAAGAAGGAAUGAAAGUAAAUCCCUCCUGUUUUUGAACAAACACGGCCUGUUUUCAUCAGGCCGUGUUCGGGGAAACACCUCUGCUCAGCUUUUAUUUAUAUAUUGCCAACUCACGACAAGCGUUGCGUUACAUUUAGCAGACGCUUUUAUCCACAGCCACUUCCAACACAGCCGCGGUAACACGGAUCAUAAAGUAGGUGCACAUGAAACGGUAUUUAAAUACGUGCCACGUUCAAGGGCCCGGGAAGUUGGGCAUGAGUAAUUAUUCUUAUUUAUUUUAUUGUAAAUGUUUGAAACCUUUAUCCUGAACUGCAUCACCCAAUGCCAGAAAUGUCUCUUUUUUUUUUUUUGUAUUGCCACAGUGUUGAGCGUUGGGUUCAUGUUGCUCUUCAUGCUGCUUUAGUAGUUGCUAUGCUGCUUUUUUGCCUUAUUUCCCCGCCGAACGUCAGAUCUCUAAUGAAAUUACAGUUAUGUAUAAUAAUACUUAAGUGGCUCUUGGGGAAAGAGGGGCACUGCUACCCUGACUGACACUAGUGUUGUCUGCGUGUCUCAUCAUGCAUCCGGAUUUAUCCUCAGCUGCUUUCAACCUUUGCGGUCUUCAUAUUUUAUCCAUUGGUACGUUUAAGUAUGACAGGGUACAGAGUCUUGGCUACUUUAAACAUCCAUUAUUUUGCUCUGAAACUAAUGGUUUUAACUGUCACCGACCACAAAGCUGUUAUUUUUCAAAUAAGAGUCUUUUGUUGGCACUAAGAUGCACCGACAUUGCUGACUCUGCAGUCAAGUUCAAAUAUUUUUGGUGAAGCAUCUUAAAAACACUCUGAAGCCCCUUCUAUAUCCGAGGAUUUCCCUCUGCAGCCAGAUCGGCCCGUUGAAAACCAGGAAACGCUGCUCAAAUCAUUUCUCUUGGGCUUGUAAGAUCAGUAUGAGGACAGCAAGUCUGAACGAACCCAUGUUGGCCUUGAAACCCAAAUGUUGUCGACAACCCUAGAAUCUUGUUGAUGGUAAUUGUUGUUAUCAGUGGUUUCCAUCAUCUUCUCAACAAUCUGAUGUUGAACUACCCAGAAAGUCUGGAACUCAUUUUGUGAUCAACACGGCGAAAGAAAAGGAAAAGAAAGGUCUUGGAUCCUACUUGAAUGUUGCAAAACGUCCAUGUUUCAUGGGAACCCGUCAGUGUUUCCACAGUUACAAGAUACAUUUCCCAACCAGACUUGCAGCCCAUGACCUCCUUCUGCUUCAGAGGCGUCUCUCCCAACACUCGGACCUUAGCCGUUUCUGAAUCUUGAUUGAGUUACAUCACACAAGAAUCUGACCUGCUGAUCUUUCCCAGAUUUCCUUGGCGAGCAGGUUUCUGAGUCAGCUGUGUUCAGCAGAGGGAAAUGUGUCGUCUCGGAUGUUUUGAUUGUUGUUCCCCCACAGUUUUGUAUUUCUUGUAAAGGUUUUAGAGACUUCUGUCUUUGGAUAUUUUAUACCGACAGUGGGGAGCAGCAGUGUGCGUUCACGAUGCGUUCACUGACUGAUAAACCCGGUGGUAUAUCUCAGUGCCUGAUCAGCUGGCAGUAUCUGGUGGCUUCAUCCUCAGCGUUCUCCAUCGGCAGUCGUGUCCAGACACAUUUCGUCCCUGUUUUGGUUCCGUCACGGUCUACAGGAACUACAGGCCAUGACAGAAAUGUUAUCCAAAGAUCUUGUUUAUAACAAAUUUGAAUGAUAGAUCGUGUUUUUAAAUGCAAGUCAAGUCUAGUUUUUGGGCACUUUAUGAAAUGGAGACAACUAGGGCUGAAACAAUUCCUCGAAUAAUUCGAGUAAUUCGAUUACAAAAAAUGAUCGAGGAAUUUUCUCUGCCUCGAGGAAUCGUUUAAUUUGGCAGCUCAAAGCAGGUAUUUCGCCCGAACUACGUUUAAUGCGGCACAACGCGCUGACACCACGCACAUAAAGGAAGAAGAAAGAGGAGGAUAUGUUUGUUUUGUAACAUGCCAUGCUCAGACAGUCUGCAAUGGCCCAGACGGAAGACACAUGUAGCUCAGUGCUUAACUUUUAUUUUUAAUCCGCUCUAUAUUCUUCUGGUCCGUUCUCCUAUAUGUUCCCCCUCUAACCCGGUACAUACAUAGGUUCCUCUAAACAUCUGUUCCCACUACAGUUUUAACUAAAAGAAAAUGUGCUCCAAUACAGCAGGUCUCAUAAUUUUAUUUUGAACACUGCCAAAACUCAAAAUCUUUAAGACUUUAACUUAAAACUUAACUAGAACCUAAAAUUUGCUUGACAAAAAUGAAAGUUCAAUUGAAACACGUGGGGAAAAACACCUAAUCUUUUAAGUGAUGUGUGUUUUCAGGUGUAAUGGCAUUUUUAGGUUAGAAAUAAGAAACGUUUUUCGUGAGAUCCUUAGUUUUUUGAGUGAAGGCAGUGAAUUUGGUCAACUGGUGUAAGUUCAGGGUUUUUAAAUGCACACCCAUGAACCUAUUGUAUUAUAUAAUUUAGUCUUAGUAAUGUCAAUUAACAUCUAACAUCUUAUGUAUAUUUAUAAUUGCUCUUUAACUAAACAAAAAUAUGUUUUAUCCGAUUAAUCGAUGGAAUUUUCAGUAGAAUACUCGAUUACUAAAAUAUUCGAUAGCUGCAUCCCUAGAGACAACACUUAUUGAAAACUCACCAACCACUGCUGAGUAACCGGGGCUGUGGCUCCAGUUAAUUGCUUUAAGAAUUAAAAUGUCACCGCUGAUGCCGUGAAUCACAUCCUCUCAUCAUUUAGAGCAGCAGCUCGUAAUUAAGACCAAAGCUUCUUUUCUUUUCUUAUGCCAAGUUCUUUCUAACAGACCGUUUUGUGUCACUCCAGAUAACGUUACCCCCUCAGUGGCCCAGCUGAGGAGUGAUGUGACCCCAAGAUCAUCUUUAGGCCCGUUUCUGUUCUGCAUUCAUGUUUUGCAUAGAUCCCACCAGCCUUGUAGAUGUCAUAGCUCCUCUAUCGAGCAUCAAAUCCUGGUUGGCCCGAAAUAUUCUUGAAUACAGUGAUGAGGAUAAUUCAGUUUGGUAUUCCCUGUUCUAUCUACGUCGUCCAUCAGACAAUACCAAACUGUCCUGGAGUAGUGUUUGAUGAUGAUGAGCAUCAAGACCGCGGUAAGAAUCAAACAUGUUUGUUUGGUUUUUUUCCCACGGCACUCGAGGCGAUCUCUAAAAUCAGGACACUGACUCUAACUGUCUGCUGUGCAUGGCUUUACAUGUCACUUUGAGUGUGGCGCGUUUAUUCGAUCGGUAGAAUAAAAAACAAAGAAGAGUCAGAUUGGAUGCCCCUGGUUGUAAUUAACCAGCUAUGUUCACAAUAGAAAUAGAAAGCCUUUAUUAUCAUUGUACAGGUUAGGGCUGUUCGAUUUUGCCCAAAAAUAAAAUCUCGAUUUUUUUUCUCUCAAAAUCCGAUUUUCGAUUACGAUUAUUUUGUGAAUUGACAAAAGGCAAAGAAAUGAUUUCAAAUAUGCUGUUUUCUUAUUGAACAUUUGCCCCAUUGGGCUUUAAGUGCAAACUUUGCUCUUAUUAAACCAAAAAUGAAUGAAUAAAGUGCAAAACUCUGUAAAAUAAGUUGAAAAAAAGUUUUAAAAAAUAUAAUAAAAUAUAAAGUUUUAUCUCUGGAAAAAAAGAAUCAGCAAAUCAGCACUUGCAAACAUACAGUAAGUUAUAUUUCCAAUUAAAUAAAAAAAAAGACAUUUUCUAAUUAAACUAAACUGGGUCUUUGCAUGCUAAAUAAUAAUGCAACCCAUGAAGGAGGUAGAGGUGUGUAAUGUCAGUCAUUACAUUUGCUAUUCACAUUUGCAAGUUUUUUGCAAGGAACACGAGCCGGUCUACCGCAUCUGGCUUGGCUAUGCUAAAGAGCCUCUCCGAUGGGGCACUUGUCGCAGGUAUUGAGAGGUAUUUCCAUCAAUCAUUUAUAUGGUAUCCAUCAUUAAUAUGUGUGCAGACGAAGUUAAAAAAAAAAAGUGAAAAUCGAUUUUACGAUUUUCACGUUUUAACAUCGUUCUAAUUACAUAAUCGCGAUUACGAUUUAAAAUCGAUUAAUCGAACAGCCCUAGUACAGGUACAGUGAAAUUAGGCAGCAGCUCCUUCAAAGUGCACACAUGCAAAGACAAUGUAAACAAGGAAACAAAAUAUAUAUACUAUAUAAAAAAAAAUGUACAUGACUGGGUGGGGGGAUAUUGCACUUAAAUGGAUGGAAGAAUAAUAUUGCCCUUGAAAUGAUGGGAGAUUAUUGCACAUAGAUAGAAGGGAAUAUUGGGACAUUGUGGAUAGAGGGUAGAAAAUAGAAAAUAUUGCACAGUAUGAGGUAGCUUAUUGGUUGAGAAAGUUCACAGCUUUGGGGAAGAAGCUGUCCCUGAAUCUUUUUGUACGGGUUCGUAAGGACCUGAAGUGCCUCCCAGAAGGCAACAGGUCGAAAAAGUGGAAACCGGGGUGGGUGUUGUCCUUUAGAAUGUUCCUUGUAGAUGUCAGACAGGGAUGGCAGAGAGGGCAGAGGGCAGCCGAUGAUCUUCCGUGCUGUGUUUGCCACCCUCUGCAGCCUCUUCCUGUCUGCUUCCGUGCAGCUGGAGUGCCAAACUGUCUGCAGCUGGUGGUUCACAUAUAUGAAGGUAGCAGAAUGUUAGAAAUCCUUUUCCCUCUUGAAAAACGAUGUAAUAAGAAUAGUUUUGAAAUGUAAAAGCACAUGAAUAAUUGGGCUUACCAGCUCAGCCCCCCAGACUUUCCUUAAAUAGCACCGAUAUGUCAUCUUGUGAAGUAGCAAAGGCCUGGUCUCCGUUCAUCUUAGUUCUUGUAUCCGACGGCCCUAAAACUCCAGAACUGUCUAUAACAGAAAGAGAAGCUGGUUUGGAUAUCUUGAAACUGACAAAAAUAAUAUUUUACAAAAAAAAAGAUUAAUGAAAAUCAGACAUUACUUUUGAAUUUGAACAAGAUCAUAAAACGAACAAAAGAACAUGAUAACUAGUGAAAUCUUCUUUCGUGUGUCGUCGUCAUAUGUCCAGCUUUUUUUGUCGUGUAGCCAUGCCCUCGUCUCAGGUCUCAUUCGGAAGAGGCCCUCCUCUGAAGGUGGUCUAUACGGGGGACAAGCGGUGAUGAUGGGGUUGGCAGUCUGCUCAGGCUCCCCGCAUUUCUGUUAGGCCCCACUUCUAUGGAGCCAAAUCAAGGCCAAAAGUUUUGCUAAUUUGAAAAUAAAAUUUGAACCUGAAAAUUCUUUUUUACAGUUUCAAUUUUAUUUUUUUCAGUAUCAGAUCUUUUUAUUUCAGUUUCAAAUCUUUUAUUCAGUUUCAAAUCUUUUUUUUUCAGUUUCACAUGUUUUUUUCAGUUUCACUUCUUUUUUUUUCAGUUUCAAAUCUAUUUUUUUUCAGUUUCAAAUUUUUUUUUCAGGUUCAGACUUUUGGCCCCGAUCUGGCGUGGGGGGCGUGGCAUCAACUGAGAGCGGCGUG